UGUAAUUCUUACAAUCUCCUAUUCCUAUUAUUAUCAUCGAAAUAAUAUUAACAAUAAAAAUAGCUGCAGCAAAAUUAUCAUUAGCACCAAUUACUUUUCCUCUUCCUAUCUCUAUUCUCUUCUCCAAGUUCCAAACACCAGCUACAACUCAAUUCACUUUACUUCUUUUUAUUCCUUUCCAUUUUAUCUUAUCUCAUUUAACCUCACUUCAUUCAGCUUCUAAUUCCUAAAUUCCAUCUUUUUCUUAUCCCAUAUCUACAACUAUUAGCACCAUUGCAUAACCCUUACUUUAUCUCUCUCUUUUUUGGCUAUUAUUCCCCCAAACCAAUGUCUCUGUAUAACCUUUCCUCAAGCAUUCCAAUGCCUGUCCCACCAAACCCUUUGCAUCUCUCAAAUCAGUCAUUUGCCGACCAACAGUUUUUAAUCAACAACCUUCAAUUUUUCAAUGCCCAAAAUUUAAACCUCCCUCCAGUUUCUCCUGUCUCUCACCAAACUUCAAACAUCGUCAACUCCUAUAAUAUUAACCAUGGCCAGUCAAAUGAUUACUCAAACCAAAUCAGUCUAACACCAAGUUACAACCAUCCUAACACUUGUUCAUCUUAUUCAACUGCUGCAACUCCAGCUUCUAGUCUUACAAAUUCAAGCUCUCCAGUUUCCUUCAAUGAAUCAACUCCUCCUCAAACACCAAUUGAUUCCGAUUCAUUCCAACAAAUUUCUCUUCAACCUUAUGACAGUACUACUACUAUUACCAGUAAUAACAACAACAACAACAAUAAUAAUUUUAAUACACUUUCAAACUCAAAUCAACAAAACGAUCUCCGUUAUAAAUUUCAUUCAACAAAUCAAUUUCAAAACCAAUUUCAAAACCAAUUACAAAGCCAAUUACAAAACCAGUUAAUAUUACCUUCGUCAUCAGACCAAUCCAAUUUAUUAACUGAAUCUUAUCCAAACUCUUCUUCAACUUUAUUAAACUCUUCAACUUCUUUGAACUCUUCAACUUUCACUUCUCCUUCUCCUUCGGCUUCUAAUUAUACAUAUAUUUCCAGUUCUGAUUCUUUUGAAAAUUCAAAAUCCAAUUCAGUACCAUAUGUGGUGAACUCAAACGAUUUUUCAUCAACGUCUCCUUGCUAUCCAAUCCCAGCUUCAUCUAUUUUAUCCGAUUCUUUUAUGUAUUCUGAUAAAGUUGCAACUUCUCCAAUCCGAUAUGACUAUCCAUUAAACAAUAGCAGCAGUAAUAACGAUAGUAACAAUAGAAAUAACAGUAAUAAUUUUACUAAUAAUGACACAAAUAAUAACUUGGGAAAUCCAAAUUAUUAUCAACAGAAAUUAAACAAAAAUCUACCUUUGAUUACUAGAAAACCAACUAAAAUGCAAAAACUAAUUCAACCAGCAACAUCUUUAAAUUAUAACUUCAACUAUAAUUAUAUUACCAAUAACACUACCAAUAAUAUUACUACUAAUAUUAAUAAUAAUGUAAAUAAUGUUACUAAUAAUAUUACUAAUAAUGCCGAUAAUAACGCUGAUAGUAACGCUACUGGUGUUAAUAAAAGCGUUAUUGAAAAUCAGAUGCUAAAAACUGAAGAAGUUAAUCUACCUGUUUCACCAGUUAUUUUCUCAGAUUCCAAAACUGUUAGCAGAAUUAAUAACAAGGAUACUGAAACUAAAAAAAAUAGAAAUACCAAACCAAAACUCAAUUCUGUUUUCAAAAUUUCUAAACCUUCUCAGGUUAAUAAAAGUUACAGCAAUAUUAAAACUGAGAAAAAGCAACAAAUCAGCACAAAAAACCCCAUUCCUCCUUUGGAGGCUCUCAAAAGACAAAAUACCCAACCAGGUCCAAUUCCUGCAUCCGACCCCAAAGUCACAAUAGAAAAGUUAACUGGCGAUGAGAUAAUAGAAUUCGAAUAUACCAAAGCCAAAAAAAGAAAAAUCUUUAAGAUAAGAUGUCCUGCUCAUUUAGGCGAAAAGUAUAUGGAAAUAUUGGAGAAUUAUCAUAAAAGAAAAGCCUUGAGACAUAAACGCGAUUCGAUGUUCAAUUCUUCAAGUGUGUCGUUUUGCAUCAACGCUUUUGAUUCUUCAAAUAGACAAACUAAUUUCAGAUUUAUUGAUACCAAAGAAUUCAAUUUGGAAUUGGAAUUUGUUAAAAAUCAGGACGAAAUCCUCAAAAAGUUAUCAAAGCAGUUUAUAGAUAAUAAUGCCAUCUAUCCAAAUGCCAUGGGUUCGGAUGAGGAAUACAAAGGUAACAGAGGCCAAUAUGAAAGAUUUUGCAACAUAAUAGGAUUGAAACUUUCGUACUUGAACACUGAGCUUCGUGGAAAAAAGGGACUCCUCCAAAGAGCUGUUGAUACAUGGAAGAACACCAGAAAGAACGAAUGUUUUCAAAGCAGAAGAGUUCGCAGACAAAUUAAAUCUGCUUCCAAAAGCUCUCCAAUUGCCAAAGCCUUCCAAAAAUAGGCCCUAUGUCUGUUCUACUGAUUAAAAUACUCAUGAUCACUUCUUCACCACCAUUUAUACUUUUGCUUCAUCCACUAUGCUGCCAAUUUAUCAAUGACAGAAGACAGAUUAAAGCAGCCCGAUAAAUUGAAUACGCUCUUCAGUUUUGCUCUUCACCCCAACACUUGAUGAAUAUUUGUUGCUCUCACACUCUACUCACACCACAUCCAACUGCUAGCUGUGUUAUAUACAUUUGCACUGAUUAUUACCUGAUUCUGAAACUGGCCAACAUCCUGCACUGUCUUUAGACGUGCUGAAAACCAGCGUAUUGCAAGGGAAAUCUAAAAAUUGCUUUUUCAACCAUGGACAUGUACUCUAAUAAACAUUUUUACUUUUCACUUAGUG